AUGGAAAUUCUCCGUCGGAGUUCCGGCGAUGACGAGAAGGGCUGCUGCCGUCGAAAAACAAGCUUGCUGGGGUUAGCGUUUUUCUGUGAUUUGCGAAAACUGUUUGGAAUUGCUGCGUCCUUGCGAGCGGGGCAAAACUGGCGGAGGCCGAUUCUGGGCGCACUUUGCUACUGGGCUCGUUGCCUGCUUGGAGGCGAUCGUCGGCGUGGUGUGCUACGACGCCUCAGAGAGGACCUGCUCGGCAAUCUGAGCAAAUGCCAGUGA